AUGUCUGAGAAUGUUGGUUCAGGGACAGGGUCUUCACUUCCUAGUAUUCCUAGACCUACACCUGCUGUUUCUAGGAGAAAAAAUGCAACUGGAAAUAGAAGUGAUAUAGGAUGGAAACAUGGGAUUGAUGUUCAAGGCAAUGGUAAAAAAGUGAAGUGUAAUUAUUGCUCAAAGACUAUAAGCAGAGAAAUUUAUAGGUUCAAGCAUAACCUUGCCGGUACUAAAGAUAUUGGCUACAAACCCCCUUCUUACCAUGAGUUAAGAGAAACCCAAUUAAAGAAAACAGUGAACAAUGUUGAUGAAAUGCUUACUGAAUUUAAAGUAGAGUGGAAGAGAACUGGUUGUUCAAUCAUGUCGGAUGGAUGGACUGAUAAAAAAAGGCGUAGUAUUUUUGUCAAAAUGCUAGAAGAUGCCGUAGAAUUUGUUGGUGAAGAGAAUGUAGUCCAAAUUGUUACAGAUAAUGCUGCUAAUUAUAAGGCUGCUGGAGAAAGAAUGAUGGAGACUAGAAAAAGUUUGUAUUGGACACCAUGUGCUGCACACUGCAUAGAUUUGAUAUUAGAGGAUUUUGAAAAGAAGCUAAAGGGAAAGGACUUGGUUCGGCCAGGUGCCACAAGAUUCGCCACUGCCUAUUUGACUCUCACUUGUCUUCAUGAUAAUAAAGGACCAUUGAUGACUAUGUUUACUUCUGCUGAUUGGAAGACAACUAAGGUUGCAUCAACGCCUGAAGGAAUAAGAGUCCAAAACAUGGCCUUGGAUAGUAGGCUAUGGAAGAAUAUUGUCAUAUGCCUCAAGACUGCUGCUCCUCUCAUUAUAGUCCUUCGCUUGGUUGAUUCGAAUGAAAAACCAGCCAUGGGUUUCAUCUUUGAAGGCAUGAGAAACGCCAAAGAAACAAUCAGGACUAACUUCGGUUGUGUUAAAAAGAGUUACGAACCUAUAUGGGAAAUUAUUGAUGGAAGGUGGGAAAGUCAAUUGCAUAGACCAUUGCAUGCAGCUGCGUAUUAUCUUAAUCCUCAUUAUCACUAUGAACCAAAUUUCAUGGUUGAUGAUGCUGACAUUAAGAUUGACCUAUAUAGUUGUUUGAAAAAACUGGUUCCUAACCAGGAAGAAAGGAAAAAGGUUGGUCUACAGCUUCCUGACUUUCAUUAUGCUAGAGGCCUCUUUGGUAAUGAAACUGCAAAGAGUAGUAGGAAGACCAUGCUACCUGCUGAGUGGUGGGACUUCUAUGGAGAUAGUUGUCCAGAACUAAAGAAGUUUACUAUCCGAGUUCUAAGCUUAACUUGUAGUUCAUCUGGUUGUGAGCAUAAUUGGAGUGCAUUUAAAAUGGUUCAUACAAAGAGAAGAAAUCGGUUGCAUCAAAAGAAAAUGAAUGAUUUAGUGUAUGUGAUGUAUAAUUUGAAGUUAAAGGGCAAGCAAAUUAGAAAAACUCAAGAACUUGAAUUUGAUGCAGUGCAUUCUGAUGAUGAGUGGAUAACUGAGGAUGUUAAUGAAAAUAUUGCUGAAAGUGUUGAGCAUUCUCACUUGCCAACGAAUGACAAUACUAAUGAUGAUCCAAAUAGUAAUGAAUUUGCUAUUCCAAGUAUGAAUAGUAAUGAAUUUAACAUGGGUGAGGGAGAGGAAGAAGAUGAACAUGUGAAUGAUGAUGAAGAUUUUGUUGGCCGUGUUGAACCUGAGGCUGAAAGAAAUGAUGUUUCUGAUGAAGAUGGUGAAGAUGAUGAUGUUGAUGCCAUGGAAGAUGAAGAUAUUGGAGGAUUUGAGUUUUAG